AUGCUUUUCUCCUUUUUCUUCUCUAUCGCCCUUGCCCUGGGCCUUUUGGUUCCUCCAAAGAUCAUCGAUUCAUUUUCCAACUCCAAUGCGUUGUCGGUGAAUAACGGAUUUGUCACUUUCCUUGAACCAGCCUUUUUGGUUCAAGACGAUGAUGUCUCCAUACUAUCUUUGGCACGCUACCAAGAUCCAUCCAGAUCAAUUCCCCAGCAGUUCACCAUCGCCUGCAAGAUCAAUGCAACGGCGGCUAAAUUGCAAACUUUGCACUUGCGGCCUUCUAUCUUGGACUCCGAUAAGGAUAUUUCAAACGAUGGGGAAUUUGUGAAAGAGGUGGCCCAAAAGUUUGUAAAGUUCUUGAAUACAAAGAUUGGAAAUUCAGCUGAGCUCCUACUGGAGAAUUUGAAGUGUGAAAGAAAUUCAAGAGAGCCAGAUAUACUUUUCUGUUUGGCCCGCUCUGGCCAGGUUAAAAGAGAAGAACCCGAGGUUUCUGCUCAAUUGUUGAACCAGGUUUUUCAAAAAGUCAAACUGGCUACAGAAAGAGUCAGCGAUAAUGUCGAUUUUCUUGCCGACGACCCCAAGGAGUUUUUCGUGAAUUUGGACGAAAAAUUCGAUGACAAAAUCUCGGAUCUUGCCGACAGGUGGGAAGAAGCAAGCGUGCAGCUCAACGAGGGUAUCAUAUUAAACAAUCUUGAGGAUGAUACCUUAGAAUCUGACUCUGACGAAGAGGAAGAAAAUAGUGGCUACAACGGUUUCCACGGGCUUCAAGUUGACACUUGA